AUGAUCCUGUUGGGUAUUACCCUGUUAAUGCAAAAGUGGACGGCAGCAGAGAUCGAUGACAACCAUUUGGAAAUGUGCGUUACAUCGAGGAGAAGAGUCGCAGACCUCUCCAAUCAAAAUCUAACAUCCUUUCCCUUACAUCUCCCCGAUAAAACGGAAUAUUUGGACAUCUCUCACAACUCCAUUCCAAGUAUCACUGCCCUGAAUUUUCCCCAACUGCCUGUGCUGUGUUUUCUGAAAGCAACUCAUUGUGGGCUCAGGGAUAUUUCUGCUAUGGUGUUUCAAUACAUUCCCGCACUCCAGGUUCUCAAUAUAUCCUUCAAUGAUUUAUCAAUCAUUCCUGACAUUUCCCUGCCUCGACUGACAGUCUUGGAUUUGUCUGACAAUCUUUAUGAGACCUAUCAGUUGCCCGAAUGUUUUCAGAACCUUACAAAGCUUCAAGUGCUGUCAUUAGGAAGUAAAGUGGCCUUGUCAGUUCAGUUAAAUGACUUUAAACCAGUAGUGAAUAUUUCCCUGCAACAUUUGCAGUUGAGUGCAAGAGUUCCCUGGCAAAUGUAUGAACCGGGAGCCCUUGGGAUUCUGUCCCUCCAGAAAUUGUCCCUCUUUGUGAACUUCUGCGGGCGCUUCGACAUAUUCGACAAAAUCCUAGUGGAUUUAAAUGCGACACGAGCGAGUGUCUUGAAGUUGAUCAGCAUGUUUUCAGACAACUGCAGCAUCACCGGGGAACCAUUCCACAAUUUUAAAGCAAUGCCGCAUGUGCGCAACCUCACCAUAGAGAACACUUGGCUAAACACCUCAUUCAUAGAGACAUUUUUAAAAAACAUGUGGCUGUCUUCUAUUCAAGACCUCUCCUUUGUCAAUAUCACGUACAAUGAAGAUACAGAGGAUGGGUUUCAGUUUCGCGCUCCUAAUCGUAGUGAAACUGUUCGUGCUAUAACUUUUGAUCGAGUUAAACAUUAUCAAUACAAGUAUCCUAAAUUUAACGUCAGUUUUGAGGAUGUUUCAAACCUGAACUAUGUUAAGUUUUCUGGGAGUGGCAUGAACAUUUUGCCUUGUAACAUCUUAUCCACCAUUCCAACAUUGGAGACCCUGGAUGUGUCAGACAACCUCCUACAAGAUUUGGGCUUCUGGUGGCCCAUGUGUUCAUACACCUCAAUUUUCCCAAAACUGAAGCAUCUUUUGAUGAGCAAGAACCGUUUCCACUUGUUGUCCUUCAUCUCAAAAAGGACUCAUGAAAUGAAGCAUCUGGAAUCCUUGGAUUUGAGCUUCAACUCCAUCUACCUGGACAACCGAUGCAACUGGCCCAGUCACUUGAUUGAACUCAAUCUUGGGAACAAUAACCUUGGAAACGAGGUUUUUGAGUACCUGUCGCCACAUUUUGAGCGAAUUCUCUUAGAGAAAACGGGAAUAACUGCCUUAACCCAAAAGGAACUGUCUCAGUUUCCCAAGCUGAAAUACCUCGAUCUUAGUUCUAACAGCAUCCAGGCGCUUCCAGAGCAUCUCAACGCCCCGAACCUGAUCAGUCUCUACGUGGACCAGAAUGCGAUCACAACUCUUUCUCAGCAAGUCUUGCAGGGACUUCCUAAACUUCAGAACAUCAAAGCUGGAAACAAUCCCUUCAGUUGCUCCUGUGACCUACAUUGGUUCAUCACAGAGUUAAACAAAUCUUUGCUUUUGGACUGGCCCUUGGAUUAUUCCUGUAGCACCCCAGUAAAGUUGGCAGACCUGCCACUGUCUGAGUUCAAAACCAGUGCAAUCUCAUGUGAGACCUGGCUCCAAACUUUCGUUGCUUUCUCUGUCUUACUCUUAGUUGGAACAACUUCGGGCCUGCUUUUUUAUAAAUUGGAUGGCGUGUGGUACACAAAGAUGUUAUGGGUGUGGAUUCGGGUGAAAAGGAGAGGCAAGAAACGCUCGCACCUACUAAAGAAAGUAUCAUUUUCUUACCACGCAUUCGUCUCAUACAGUCAUCAGGAUUCCCACUUUGUGAGCAGUGAGCUGGCGCCCGCCUUGGAGAAAGCCGGCUUUUCGCUUUGUGUUCACGAGCGUGACUUUGUCCCCGGCGAUUGGAUCAUCGACAACAUCAUCAACUGCGUGGAGUCCAGCUACAAAACACUCUUCAUCCUCUCCAAACAUUUCGUGCAGAGCGAGUGGUGCAACUACGAGCUCUUCUUCGCCCAGCACAGAGCCAUCAACAUCCAGCAGGACUCUUUGGUGUUCAUCCUGUUGGAACCCAUCCCGACUGAUAGCCUGCCCAAAAAGUUCUUGAGAUUGAGAAGCUUACUCCAGCAGCAGACGUACCUGGAAUGGCCCAAAGAUGAGCGGAAGCAGCAAGUGUUUUGGGCAAGUCUCCAAUCCAUGUUGCGGAUGGCGGACAAAUCUGUGGCUUUGAAGAAAUUAGCUGUGGAUAUUGCAGAUACAGUGGCCUCAAUUUCCAACCAGGGUGACGUAGUGAUCCUCUUGAUUAUUUCCUUCUUAUAUGCAGUAUGCAUGUCUCCAGGGAUGGAUGACAACCAAUUUAAAACGUGCGUUACUUCAAGAAAGAGAGUCCAAAACCUGUCCAACCAAAAUCGAACAUCCUUUCCCUUGAAUCUUUCCAACACCCUGGAAUACUUGGAUAUAUCUCACAACUACAUUCCAAGUAUCACUGCCCUGAAUUUUCCCCAACUGCCUCUGCUGUGUUUUCUGAAAGCAACUCAUUGCGGGCUGAGGGAAAUUUCUCCGCAUGUGUUUCAGUAUAUUCCCGCACUCCAAAUUCUCAAUAUAUCCUCAAACGACUUAAGAAUCAUUCCCGACAUGACACUGCCGCAACUGACAGUCUUAGAUUUGUCCGACAAUCUUUACGAGCGCUAUAAGCUACCGGACUGUUUUCAGAACCUGACAAAUCUUCAAGUGCUCUCAUUAGGAAGUAAAGCGGCCUUGUCAGUUCAAUUAAAUGACUUGAAACCAGUAAUGAACAUUUCCUUGCAACAUUUGCUGUUGAGUGCAGGAGUUCCCUGGCGAAUGUAUGAACCGGGAGCUCUCGGGAUGUUGUCCCUCCAGAAAUUGUCCCUCUUUGUGAACUUCUGCGGGCGCUUCGAUAUGUUCGACAAAAUCCUUGUGGAUUUCAACGUGACACGAGCGAGUGCCUUGAAGUUGAUCACCAUGUUUUCAGACGACUGCAACGUCACCGGGGACCCCUUCCAGAAUUUAGAAGCAAUGCCGCAUGUGCGAAAUGUCACCGUAGAAAACACCUGGCUAAACACCUCAUUCCUGGAGAUAUUCUUGAAGAACAUUUGGCUGUCCUCUGUUCAGCACUUAAAGUUUAUCAACAUCACGUACAAUGAAGAUACACCUGAUGGUUUACAGUUUCAUUUCCACCCUGUCAAUCACAACAUUAGUCUUCGCUUUGUCUCAUUUGAUGGAGUGUUACAUCGUCAAUACAAAUAUCCCACACUGAACAUCAGCUUUGAUGACCUUUCAAAUGUGAAUUACGUGAAGUUUUCUGGUAGCGGCAUGAUCAUUUUGCCCUGUAAACUCUUAACCACCAUGCCUUCGUUGGAGACCCUGGAUAUGUCAGGCAACCUCUUGAAAGAUUCGGGCUUCUGGUGGCACGAGUGUUCCUACACCUCAGUCUUCCCGAAGCUGAAGCGCCUUUUGUUGAGCAAGAACAGUUUCCGCUCGCUGUCCUUCAUUUCGAAGAGGACGCAUGAAAUGAAACACCUGGAGUCAAUUGAUUUGAGCUUUAACUCCAUCGAACUGGACGCCCAAUGCAUAUGGCCCAAUCAUUUGAUUGAGCUCAAUCUCGGGAAUAAUAAUCUUGGCAGCAAGGUUUUUGAGUAUCUGUCGCCACAUGUUGAGCGAAUUCUCUUAGAGAAAACGGGAAUCACUGCCUUAACCCAAAAGGACCUGUCUCAGUUUCCGAAGCUGAAAUACCUGUAUCUUAGUUCUAACAGCAUUCAGGCGCUUCCAGAACAUCUCAACGCCCCGAACCUGAUCAGUCUCUACGUGGACCAGAAUGCGAUCACAACUCUUUCUCAGCAAGUCUUGCAGGGACUUCCUAAACUUCAGAACAUCAAAGCUGGAAACAAUCCCUUCAGUUGUUCCUGUGACCUACAUUGGUUCAUCACAGACUUAAACAAAUCUUUGCUUUUGGACUGGCCCUUGGAUUAUUCCUGUAGCACCCCAGUGAAGUUGGCAGACCUGCCACUGUCUGAGUACAAAACCAGUGCAAUCUCAUGUGAGACAUGGCUCCAAACUAUCGUUGCUUUCUCUGUCUUACUCUUGGUUGGAACAACUUUGGGCCUGCUUUUUUAUAAACUGGAUGGCGUGUGGUACACAAAGAUGUUAUGGGUGUGGAUUCGAGUGAAGAGGAGAGGCAAGAAACGUUCACACCUGCUAAAGAAAGUAUCAUUUUCUUACCACGCAUUCGUCUCAUACAGUCACCAGGAUUCCCACUUUGUGAGCAGUGAGCUGGCGCCCGCCUUGGAGAAAGCCGGCUUUUCGCUUUGUGUUCACGAACGUGACUUUGUCCCCGGCGAUUGGAUCAUCGACAACAUCAUCAACUGCGUGGAGUCCAGCUACAAAACACUCUUCGUCCUCUCCAAACAUUUCGUGCAGAGCGAGUGGUGCAACUACGAGCUCUUCUUCGCCCAGCACAGAGCCAUCAACAUCCAGCAGGACUCUUUGGUGUUCAUCCUGUUGGAACCCAUCCCGACUGAUUGCCUGCCCAAAAAGUUCUUGAGAUUGAGAAGCUUGCUCCAGCAGCAGACGUACCUGGAAUGGCCCAAAGAUGAGCGGAAGCAGCAAGUGUUUUGGGCGAGUCUCAAAUCCAUGUUGCGGAUGGCGGACAAAUCUGUGGCUUUGAAGAAAUUGGCCGUGGAUCUUUCAGAUACAGCCGCCCUAAUGUCCGACCAUGAUUAA